AUGGCUAUUUCCAAGGUCAUCGUUGUUGGUGCUGGUCCGUCCGGUUUACUUCUUGCCCUCUUGCUCGCUAAUGCGGGUAUCAACGUUCAAGUCUUGGAGGCCGCCUCGAAACUUGAUGGCUCGCCUCGGGCAACGCAUUAUUCAUGGCCUGCAAUUUACGAACUUCAACGUGCUGGUCUUUUGAGCGAAGUUCGUGAGAGAGGAUUUGUGACUUGGGGUGGAAUUCAGUGGCGUGAUCUCGAGGGAAAUCUGCUUGCCCGUUUUAACCCAGAUGCCAUCACCAAGGAUUACCGAUUGCAUUGUUUCCCAUUGGGUGAGCUCUGUGCUCUGAUCAAAGAACAUCUUGAUAGGUGUCCGAACGUCGAAGUCAAGUAUCUACACAAAGCCCUGAAGGUCGACCAGACCCAAAAAGGCGCUCAAGUUUGGGCCGAAACUCCCGAGGGGGAACAGAAGUUUGAGGCCGACUACUUAGUGGGUUGUGAUGGUGCAAGUUCAAGAAUCCGAAGUGCGCUUUUUGGCGAUGAUUUUCCAGGACGAACGUGGGACGAACAAAUUGUUGCCACAAAUGUGUAUUACAACAUCGAGCGUCAUGGCUGGGAUCAGGGAGCAUUCAUCGUCGAUCCAAACCAUUGGUCGAUGGCACUCCAGAUUAGCCUGGACGGGAUGUUGCGGGUCACCUAUGGUGAGGUUCCUGGCUUGACAAAAGAACAAUAUCUCGCUCGUCUGCCAGAAAAGUACCGCACUAUCCUUCCAGGCCAUCCUUCCCCUGGGGAUUACAAAGUCGUGAAUUUCAGUCCAUACAAGAUUCAUCAGAGAUGUGCCAAGAGUUUCCGUGUUGGACGGAUUCUUCUUGCUGCCGAUGCGGCACAUCUCUGCAACCCUUUUGGUGGGUUAGGACUUACCGGUGGAAUAGUCGACGUAGGCAAUCUUUUCGAUUGCCUCAACGGUAUUCAUCAGGGGCUCGCCAGUGACAGCAUCCUAGAUCGUUACAGUGAGGUUAGGCGUGAGAAAUACUUCACCAUUAUAGACCCUGUCUCUAGCUCUAACCUCCGCCGACUCAUUCAAGAGCCAGGCGUUGCAAUGAAGGACGACGAUCUCUUCAAAAUGGCAGACAAAUUUCGGGAUGCUGACUUCUGCGCCCAGCUUUCGUUGGUGAGAGACGCGAACAUCAAACAAGGCUUUUACGAGAUAAUCGCCACUAACAAUAUUCCUUAUCUUAAUAGGGCGUGA